AUGGGAUCGUUCGAGGAACGGGUGAUGAAGGGGUUCGAGGCGCUGCGGCUGCUUCAGUCCAAAGUGGACGGGAUCGAGGCAAUCCAGGCGCGUCUCGACGGGCUGGAUGCAAAAUUCGAGGAACAAGUUACGCGGCUGGAUCAAGUAGCUCAAGCCAAGGCACUUCACAUGGCUGAGGAAGCAGCUCAUCUGUCAGAUGCAGUGUUGGAUGCCAUUGCUACAGAGGAAGCUGUAGAAGAAGCUGCUGCCCAUCUCUCAGUAAAUGCUCUGGCUGGAAUUAUUUCUCCUAGCAUGUCUCCUUUUGCAUCUCCUGUCCUACUGGUUAAGAAGAAAGAUGGUACUUGGAGAUUCUGCGUGGACUAUAGAAGAUUAAAUGCAGUCACUGUCAAGAACAAGUUUCCUAUGCCAGUUGUGGAUGAGCUUUUAGAUGAACUAGCUGGAAGUAAGUGGUUUACCAAACUUGACCUCAAGGCAGGAUAUCAUCAGAUUAGAAUGGUGGAAGCUGAUGAACAUAAAAUUGCAUUUAAAACCCACUUUGGGCAGUUCCAAUUCAGAGUAAUGCCUUUUGGACUAUCAGAAGCUCCUGCAACCUUUCAGUGCUUCAUGAACUUCCUCCUGAAAGAUCUCCAGAGGAAAGCCAUGACUAAGUUGAUUGGCCUUCAGUUUCAGUUCCAGUACAAGAAGGGAGAAGAUAAUAAAGCAGCUGAUGCUCUGUCCAGGGGACAAAAUCUUCACCAGCCACUUCUGGAAAGAACUAUUCAAGUUGUGGGGCACCAAGUUAUAGCUGUCUACAGCUUACCACCCACAGACUGA